AUGACUUCAGAAGACUUGAAGGGUGAUUUGAACGCUGGAAGUUUUGCAGAAAUGGUUGGGGCCUUACCAUCUGAUUCUGCAGAUGUAGAGGCACACAAUGCUGCGACAGAUGUUGCAUUUCAGACGGAUGGUUCUGAGGUUGAACCUGGCACACCCAUGGAUGAUUUGUUUCGAAAUGCAUCGCCUCUUGAAUUUGUAGGUCAGGAGUUGCAGGUUGAUUCAGAGAGCAAUGUGCAGGGAUCCAGGAGCCCCUUGCGCUCACGUGCAGAUGUGCCCAUCUCAAAGGCAGAUUACAAUAGGGCCCUUUUCGAAGCGCGUUUGAGUGCAGUGGGUGAAUCAGAGCUGAAACUCCCAUGGGAACAAGGUGUUUGGAAAGCCAUUUUCGCAGAUGAUGAUAGCGAUGUUUUUCCCUCAGUCUUGCCGCCCGUUCCAGGUGAAUAUCUUGUGCAGGCUUCUGCAACGAGUUCUGCGUCUGGAGAUGUGUCGGAGGCUGCCGAAAAGAGCAUGGCAAGGAAAAUGGCAGCAGCAGAGCCAAGUGAGGAGGCUGUUGAACGUGCCUCGCCUAUGGAUGCAGCUGUUGGGCAGAGAAAUGCGGAGAGGUCUGACGAUGAGGCUUCAAGUGAGAUUCCAUCUACUGGGUCCAGUUCGUCUGACAGUUCGUCGGCAAGUGAGGCAGAAGGUGCAAAUCCAUUGGGCUUGCAUAUUGAGGGCCCGGUCUGGAGGAACAGAAAAAGCCACGUGGUGCACAAGUGCGCUGAGCUGAGUUUCCAAACAACGUGUGGUAGGAAAGUGGAUGAGGCUCAUUUUGAGCUACUUGAGGAAGGCUGCUCCACCUUGAAUGCAAGAUGCAGCAGAUGUUUCAAAGGAGAGGUGGUGUCAAGCGUGGACGGUCUGGUGAAAGCACUGGAUCAGAGUAAGUCAAAGCGCUUAAAGCGGCAGUGA